UCAGUGUGCCAGUGUAGUUACUGGGUGGUAGUCUGGUCUGGCUGGACUCUCUAAUACCUGACUGACUGACUGGACUGACUCUGCUGGGCAAAUCGCCUAAACCCUCUCCGACCGACUCAGGUGCUCUUCCUCUGGGUCUUCUACUCUCUCUCAUCCUCUUCCUAGUCCUAGUCUAACCAUGGACAUCACUUCCCACCGCUUCUUCCAACUACCAUUAAACUUGUGAUUCAUCUGUGUGCGUCUACCUUUUUUUGAUACUUUCCUCUGAAUACAUCUCAUGUCUGUGCGACGUUGUCCUCGACAUUGAACCACGCUCUCUCAUUGAUCCCUCCACCAUGCCGACUCCCGAUGAUGCGAUGCCCUCGCCGCCAGCGGAGCACGAGAGCCAUCUCGCUGGCCACACAUCCUGUCCUCCCGAAGAGACGCGCUUCCACCCUAUCCAUAACGUUAACGACGAACAGCCCAGUCCAUCAAAUACAGAAGACCGUUCCCCCGCUGCUUCUCCAAUGCAACAGCCAACACCUCCUGCGGAGCACGAGUCCCUACCUGACGCGCAGCCGCCAGCCAAUUCACAACCCAAAACCCUAGAUCUCGCAUCGGACGGUCCAAUCAGAGACAUACCUACGCCGAGCACAAAUACUGCGACAGAUGAAGGUGCCACUGAGGAACAACGCAAUUCUCACGCGUCGCCGCUCUCUGCCACAGGCCCUCUGCCUACCUCAUGGUCGCAAUCAGGCUUACUCGCAUCACCAAUUCCCAGCCACAGAUUUCUACCUUACACAUCCUCGUCGCUGCUUCGCCCCGGUAGCCGAUUCAAGGGCAACCAAACAUCCGACCGACAGCAAUAUGAAGUUGAGGUCGAGAUCAAAUAUGUCGACAUGCGGGAAUCGUUCAUGUGCGGAUAUUUACGGAUCAAAGGUCUCACCGAGGACCACCCGAGCCUGACCACUUAUUUCGAGGGCGAAAUAAUCGGCAACAAGUACACCUUCAUUACACAACAUCCGGAAUGGGGAUCGAAUGAAAAGGUCGACCGACAACACUGGGCGCGGUUCCCUGCAUACAAACCACUGAUCAAAUACUCCUCGCGGCCCGAAUUGAUCACAAAGGAUUGGAUGCAAAAGGAGCAUAUCUUCAUGCGGUGGAAAGAAUACUUCCUGGUCCCCGACCAUCGAGUACGCACGAUAAAUGGUGCCAGCUUCGAGGGUUUCUACUAUAUUUGUUUCAAUCAAAUAUCCGGUGGAAUCGAGGGCAUUUAUUUCCACGCAAAGAGCGAGAAGUUUCAAAAACUGAAACUCGAACAUGUGGAAGAUCAUGGUUGCCAGGGCGCAAUCGAGUUCCGGUGAUAUCACGAAUUGAUGAUGAUGGGAU